AGGUAAACCCAGACAGUCUGCGCUCUCCAUCAAAUCAUCAUUAGUAUCGGUUAUAUACAGUGGGAUCAUAGCCUCUUCUUCUACCUUUCCUAGCUUUUGGUGAUUUGCUUCAAAAGUGUUACCUAUAGAUUGCAAGAAAAGAAAAGUAUAUAUCUAGCAAUGGCAGCACGUGCUCUUCUCUUGGCAUCACUUGUUCUCUCCUGCUUUCUAUUGCCUUGCUAUGGAAUUGUGCUCUUCUCUUCUCUGCAUAGGACUCUUGUAGUCACGGCUUCACCAACAUCCGGACAAGUAUUGAAAGGUGGUGUGGACAAAAUCACCGUGACAUGGGGGCUGAACCAGACCGUCGCAGCUGGGACUGACUCGACCUACAAGACCAUCAAGGUCAAGCUAUGCUACGCUCCCAUAAGCCAAGUUGACCGUGGGUGGAGGAAAACUGUUGACAAUCUAAAAAAGGACAGGACUUGCCAGCAUAAGAUCGUUGCUAGACCUUACAACCCUGCUAACAGCACCGCCCAGUCCCAUGAGUGGACUGUUGAGCGUGACGUGCCCACUGCCACGUACUUCGUUCGAGCCUACGCUUACGACGCAGAUGAAAAGGUGGUGGCUUACGGGCAAACAACAGAUGCACACAAGACCACCAAUCUGUUUCAAGUCCAAGCAAUCAGUGGACGCCACGUCACAAUGGAUACUUGCUCAAUAUGCUUUAGUGUUUUCUCUGUCGUGUCCUUGUUUGGUUUCUUCUACAAUGAGAAGAGAAAGGCAAAGAGGUCUCAGUGAAGCGAACAAGGCAAAAGAUAUCACAUCGCAAUAUGGGUCCAUAGAGUAUUGUAGUAGUGGGUUUCAUGUUUACUUUCUUAAGCCUUCUGUAUUGUGUUGUCCUUGGGGAAAUGUUGACUUAAUUUGCAAUGGGAAAACAAGAAAAAAAGAAGCGUCUGUGUUUGGUGGGGAAGGUGUUACCUGUGUUGUCCUCGGGGAAAUGUUGACUUUGCAAUGGGAAAACAAGAAAAGAAGAAGCGUCUGUGUUUAGUGGGGAAGGUGUUACCUAAGGGAUGAUAAUUGCGUUUGUAUUUGCGUUUAAAAUGGUGUUUGAUGAAAAUUUUAAUUUUUUUUUU